AGGUGAGACAGAUGAUAGGGAAUGGGAAUAGAGGUAGAGUUUCAGUGUAAUGUAAUCGUAACCGGUAUGAAAAGAAAUUACAAGCGCAAAGCACAGCUUAAAACAAAGCCGAAAAUGGAUAAUCACAUUCGACUGCUUUGUGACAUUACCUCAGAAAUCUACGACGAUGAGAAAAUUGUUACAAACACGUCUUCUGAACAGGUUGAAGUUGAAAUGAUGAUUAUGAAAAUGUUGAAGUUCUUUGAAUGUAAGGCAUCAAUUGAUCCUAACAUGCCAAAACUUAAUAGAAAACUUCACAGCAAGUUGUUGAAUAGCUGGCUCUUGAACUUACCAAAAAGCUACAGAUGUCUGGAAGCAAGUCGACCAUGGCUAGUCUAUUGGAUACUUCAUGCUUUAUGGCUAUUGAAUGAUCUACCUGAUGCAAAGAUAUUGUCUAAUGUUGUUGAGUUCCUUGCACAUUGCCAGCAUCCUGAUGGUGGUUAUGGCGGAGGACCUAGUCAGUUUGCUCAUCUUGGCACAACAUAUGCAGCUAUCAAUGCCCUUUGUAUAAUAGGGACAGAUGAAGCUUAUGCUUCUAUCAAUAGGAAAACACUGCAAAAUUUCCUAUGGGCAGUGCGGAGUGUUGAUGGUUCUUUUGCAUUGCAUAUAGGUGGUGAACAAGACAUUAGAGGUGCAUAUUGUGCUGUGACUGUAGCAAAAUUAACUAACAUAUAUACAGAUGAAUUGUUUGAUAAAACUGCAGAGUGGAUAGUCAGUUGUCAGACUUAUGAAGGUGGUUUUGCCGGAUGUCCAGGAAUGGAGGCACAUGGGGGUUAUGCAUUUUGUGGUGUUGCAUCUUUAGCGCUCCUUAACAGGACACAACUGUGUGAUGUAGAUGCUCUGCUGAGGUGGUGUGUGAAUAGACAAAUGCGUGUUGAAGGGGGAUUUCAAGGGAGAACUAAUAAAUUAGUUGAUGGUUGCUAUUCAUUUUGGCAAGGUGCCAUUUUUCCUAUUAUAAGUGCAAUUUUUUCUCAAGAAAAUAAAGAGCUAGUAGAUAAAGUACUAUUUAAUCAAGGUGCUUUGCAAGAAUACAUCAUAAUCUGUUGUCAAUCUCCGGAUGGAGGGCUUAUUGACAAACCUGGAAAGCCGAGAGAUAUUUACCAUACAUGCUACACAUUAAGUGGGUUAUCAAUAGCUCAGCAUGGUACCUGUACUGGUGAUACUAAUAUUGUAGGUUCAACUCGCAAUGAAGUUAAUCCAGUGCAUCCAUUGCACAAUAUAGCACCUCACCUUGUUUAUAAUGCCAUGGACUAUUUUCGUAAACAACGAUAUACAGAAUAAACUCGAAACUUUACUGUUUUUAAUCUGUAAGUGAUAGCUUAUAUAAAGAUGGAGGAGGAAGUGUUUUUAAAUAUUGACAUAAAUAUUGAAGAGUAAAGAACUUGUAAAACAACCAAAUAUAUGUAUUUAGGAUGUGAGAAGAUUUUUAGCUAAGAAAUAGAUAAGUUAGCUGAUAGAUUUUUAAUAUUUCAUAUGAGUGUAAUAAUAAAUCUGUAUUGUGGUA